UACAGAGGAUUGUUUGCAAAAGAAGAGCUACGUCAGCAAAGUUGUAUCAAUUACUCUGGAAAACAGAAAGACCGACAGACACUUUUGAAAACAACUUAUUUGAGAUAAAGUAGACAAGAGCUAGCUGACACUAUAAUGGCGAAGGAAGGUGCCAGUGAAUAUUGUUUUAAAACCUACCAAGGGGGUAAUGAGUUAUAUGAAUGUUUUAUUAACGACAAAUUAUCCACUGUCGAAAUCAUCGUAAUUGUUGUCGUUUCUACUAUUCUUCUAUUAUUAUUAGGAUGUUUAGUAAGGCAACUUAACAAGAAAAACACCUCCAUCAACGAGAAAAACGAAAAUAGAUCAGAAAUAUAUGACGUAAUAGUUGUGGGAGGAGGUAUCAUUGGGAGGUCCACUGCUUUGAGACUAAAAGAAACUAACACAAAGGAUAACAUUGUACUAAUUGAUCAGUUUACAAUGCCAAAGUCUCGUGGUAGCUCUAAGGGUCGCAGUAAAGGCAUCCAAAGAGCAAAUUGGAAUAAAAUAGAAACCUGUUCAAUGAAGAACAUGAAGGACGACUCAAUUUCCGAAUGGGAACGUCUAAGCCGUAGUUGUUCUAAGCCGAUAUUAACAAAAAGCAAUGCAUUAUUUAUUGGAGCAGCAGAAAGUGCUUUUAUGAAAAAUACUCUUACAUCUUUAAACAAAUAUCCAGAGAAUAAAAAGAUGAAAUGUAUUGAAAUGCUUCAACAGGAAUAUCCAAAAAUAAAUUUUAGUGACAAUUGCGCGGGCAUUUUGGAUGAAUCGGAGCUAUGUCUCGAUGCGGAGGAGAUUUUAAAACAAAAAUUGGAAACAUUUUUGGAGCUCGGUGGUAUAAAAAGGACAGCAAAGAUCAUAAAAGUUAUUCCAGGUGCUACUAUUUCUCUUCAAACCGACUAUUUUGAAUACAGAACAAAACAACUUGUGGUUGCUACUGGUCCGUGGUCGUCAUCUUUUCUGGAUGAAUUAGGGCUUGACAUUAAAUUAACAAAAAAGCAUGCAAUGGAAGGGUAUUGGAAAAUAAAACCAUGUCCAGAAACUGUAUGCCCAUCAGUAUUUGAAUAUAAAGACAAAUCGAUUUUCUGGACAAAUUAUACAACAGAAUAUGGUCCGUCUUUGAAGCUCGGGUUUGCCGGAAAAGAAAUAAGCGAAGAAGAUCUAAAGAAUGUCGAAACCAUGCACGACAAAGAAAUGGUAGAUUCUAUGGCAAAGUAUGCUAAAACUAAAUUCAGCAGAUUGAUAACAGACGAUGAACCUUUUUUGGUACAAAAUUGCAUGUAUACGUUUACCAAAGACAGGAAACCUAUAAUCGGGCGCCACCCUGAAUGGGCCAACAUCUUUCUUGCAGUUGGAAUGUCAGGAACAGGAUUUGGUUAUUCGCCUGCAAUUAGUAAUAUUGUCUGCGACUUGGUCGUAGGAAAUAAACCAAAGUAUGACAUAUCUGAAUUCAACCCUACUAGAUCCAGUUUAAAGACUUAGAAAAAUAAUCUGUUACUUACAUGUUUGUUCUUAUUCCUUUUAGUAAUAAUUGCUUCUGAUAAACUGAAUGUGAUUUUUUUGUGACAACGAAGGUGAUAAUUUUUUUUUUUCUAAAAUACCAAGUCUAAAUAUAUGUUGUCAACAUAGGAAAUGCCACAUUAUACAGAAGUUAUUUCAAUUAUUUGUGUAGUUUUAUACAUACCUCUUACGUUAGUUAAAUCAUUUAUGGUUUUCAAACUGUUAUCUUAUUGUGAUUGGGUGUAGUAAUAUUUUGAUUGACAAAAACUAUUUGACAUUUUGUUAUUCAACCGUUUGUCAGUAUAACUAAAUAAAGUAUGAAAUCAAUGAGGCAUAUGGAUUUUCUACCAUGAAACUUCGUAGAUAUUUGGAUUGACAAUACUGCAAUAAAUGGUUCUGUUUGUACCCGCAUUCUGUAGCUCAAUGGCUAUGGAUAAUAAAGGGACGACGAAAGAAGAGAAGUCAUUAACCAGAAAUGCAAUGCAUUUGUUCCAAAUAUAUAAUUGUAAUUCGUUGAUUCAAGUCACUUUCAAUUAUAUUUUCAAGUUGAUAAUUUACGACUGUCCCAACAAUGAAUAUUGCUAAUAACCAAAAUUAACGUUAUGAUAAGCAUGAUAAGUUUACAAGGAUCCGAAAGGCAUAAUGUGUAUACAUCGGUAUUUCCUAAAUUCCGUCCAAUAUCACCAGAAUUAUGUGUCCACAUGUUUAUAGAUACAUCCAAUGUAUCAGACCAUAUUACAAGUCAAUACAUAAGGUCCUGAAUUAAGUAAUUCGAAAUCAAGAUACAUCGUUCGAUGUGUUUGAGUUUUUGGUUUUGACAUUUGAUAAGGUACUUUCCGUUUUGAAUUUUCAUCGGGGUUCAGUUAUCUUGUUAUUCUACUUUAAACUAUUUCAAAUGCAAAGUGGAAUAUAAUCUUUACGGUGAUUUCUUCACAACUGAUACAUUGCUCGUUUCUAUUGGUUGUUUGAAAAACAGGAUAAAUAAUCCUUUAGAUCUUAAAAUGUCUAUUUUUGUUAAAUCUUUUAGAUGAACUUCAUUGUAAAAGAGACAGGUUUUGCAGAUCGCCUAGACUAUUUUUGAUAAAAUUUAAAAUUUCUACUUAAAUUAUAUACAGACAUUUUUUUAAUCUUUUACAUAAACAUUGGUAAAAAAGUAUCUUAAUUGGAACUAUAUUGGUAGAAUACUAUUCAUAUUCUAUUGCGGUGGUGGAACUAUAAUAUUCUGUUUCUCCUAAUAUGGAGGUGUGCUUAUAUUGACAAAAUCCAUUGGAUGCAGAAUGCAGAAUACAGAAGGAAAUGUCGUAUGAAUAAAAUAAACUAUUCAUACACAUUUUACAUUUAUGUGUUUAAUAUCGUGUAGAAUUCUUCUUUUUUUGAUGGGUUUAUUAAUGAUAUACAGGUAAACGUUUUUGAUAUCCAUGUGUUUGCUUUUC